AUGCCCGUCAAGCACAUUAAAGGCAUUGAGGAGUUCGACGAGGCGAUCAAAAACGGCCUCGCCAUCGUCGACUUCUUCGCCACCUGGUGUGGGCCCUGCAAAAUGAUUAGGCCAUUCCUCGAGGAGAAAAGCAACACCAUGACCCACAUCAACUUCUACGCGGUAGGCACUUUCCCCAGCAGCAGCAGCAGCUGCUGCAGCAGCAGCAGCAGCUGCUGCAGCAGCAGCAGCAGCUGCUGCUGCUGUUUGUUUGCGUAG